AUGCGGCUCGUCAUUCUCUCACACAUUGUAUCUGUGGGCCUGCUCGUUCCUCCAAUCCAGGGGGCGCAACCCCUGGUCCCAGCCCCCACGGAUACUACAGUUGACCCUAUUGUCACAGAAGCGCCAGCGUUUGUCCACGCUCUGGAACAGAGGCAGUUCGGGGAAGGCUUCGUGGCAUGGUGGGAAAACUCUGGCUCUUGGCGCGGUAAAACGUGCGAGUCGGGCUCAGCAUACAAUACCUGGUCGACAUACGGCCAGUGCUGCACUACAGCUGACUCUUCAUGCAAUUAUGCCACAGCUUGCGCACCCGAUGGCAGGAUCCAGUACUAUCAAGGAAAUGCUAGCUGUGACCCAGGGCAGUCCUGCGAAGUAUUCACGAUUCUGUCCUCAUCCGGCAGCCCUGCAAGUGACAGGCAGAAUAUCAUCCAGUGCAUCAGUACCGAAUACGACUAUCCUGGGACCUGGUACCGCCAGUCCUACGCCUUGACUACCGAUCCAUCUACAACAACAGUCACGCAAACAGAGACUGCAACCGUGACGCAGACGGUGGCCACUGAUGGCAGCGCGGGGCUUCAGCAGACACAGACCAUGCAGGGCUUAUUGGGGGCGUUGAUUGUUGCUGUCCUACUCGCAGUUUAUUGA